UUCCAUUAUCCACCGCACGCCAUUUGUAAUCUAUUCAUCGUGCCGUGUAAAAGCGUCGGUCCUUAUUUGUUGGUUUUGUGUAAGAGUUCUUCGUGUAAAAUGAACGUACAAUCGCAAGUUAAUACAAAUGUAAACUGCACUAAAUUGUCUGGAUCUGUGGCCCAAGUUUGUGAAUAUUUGGGUUAUGCCGUCGACAUGAUCCUCUUUCAGCGCAACAUCUAUCCUAUUGCGGACUUCGAGAGCACCACGAUGUACAACAUGCCAAUGUUCCGGCUGAAGAAGAAAAGCAUAGCUGACUGGAUUGCUGAUACUUUGACUCAUGUGAAGAAGUGGCUGCUCGAGAAGAGACUCAUUAGGUUUUCUUUGCUGAUUGAAGAUGCAAAGACGAAGAAGAAACUCGAGCGUUGGGACUUCGCUAUGAAUGACAAUCCAGCAAAUCGAGAGCUGAAGUCUGUGAAACGAAUUCACAUUGAGAUGAGCCAGGUGAUGAGGCAAAUCAUGGCGAGUGUCACCAUUCUUCCUGUGCUGGAGGAUGAAUGCACAUUCCACAUGACCGUACUUUGCAUUCCGGGCACAGUUUUUCCACCGGGUUGGACAACAACGAUUGAUGACUCUAUCAGUAAUGCCGAGGAUAUCCAGUUCAGGUCGAUUGAAACAGGCUUUCAUGCAGUUGCAGGAUCAGUUCACUUCUCCAAGCCUUCCAACUCCAAUCGUUCUUAGUUGCCUUGGAUCCUGUCUCGAAAAUUUACUGCGAUGUUUUCCAUAUCGCCUACAUUGAAGUCAUAUUUCAGAUUAAAUCAGCUUAUACUCGAAUAAGCUUUCAAAAGGAUCAUUAUGUAAUGAAAUUUGAGUCGUUUUGAUAAAAUAAAUACAUUUCUAUUU